AUGUCGGUGUUGUUAAAGUUUGAACGGGACGCUAAUGCAAACCGACCGGGACGACGGGACAGAGAUCUCAAACCGGGUAUGAUUAUAGUAUGUAUUCUAGCACUAAGUUUAAUAUCAAAUGUUUUAUCAAAACCAGGAAUUGGUUUUUCAGAUUUUUUUGGCAUUGCAGAAAAAUUGUCAGACACAUUUGACCAAGAAAAAUUUUCGGAGGUCAUUACAGAACUCCAUGAUACCAUCAAACAGGGCAUAACUGAAGCCAAGGAACGUAUGGCCUCUCUAGAUAAGAAAGUAGCUGAAGCGGAGGAAAAAGCUGAGGAAGGGGAACAAGCUGAAGAAAAAGCUGAGGAAAAGGAUGAGGAUAAAGCUGAAGUCGAGGAUAAAGAUUAGAGGAAGAAUCUAAAGAAGAAGCGGUAUAAAUUGAAAAUUGUAUUGAAAAUAAUUAUACUUAAAAUUCUUGAAAAAAGUAAGAGUAUUAUAAAAAUAAAAAAAAU